AUGCCUGACAAAGUCGCCCGAUCCGUCACCGCUCGCUCAAGCAGGUCAUCUGUUGGAGAGCAAAACAACCCAUACCAAUUUGACGAUGACAUACAACUGAACGAUGUCUACCUCAACGAGACCAAUACUGAGGCGCAAGCUCUACUCGAUCUGUACAAUACCACUGGUUAUACCCAGCAUACCAUCCCGGCCUUUUUCGAACAGAUCAUGGUUCCCGCACCUGACUUUUUGGGUAGUGACUACAUGCAACCGCCUCCAGAUCUGACAGCAUGGAUGCCAGAGACUGACUGGCUUGGUCAGGUUGACAUAUUUGGCAAUGAUUUCACUCCAACUGUCAGUCAGAUGCUAGAAGUGCAGACAUCGCAGGUGACUGCCUUGCCUUCUGCAACGCCGCCUCUCAAUACAGAUGUUGCUCACGAGAAGAUUGAUAGCAACUCCGCGAAGAGGCGCCAUGCAGUCUUCAAACAGUCUGCCUGGUUCUGGAUCCCCGAGCGUAACCAGCACGCUUUCAGCGAGCACGAAAACAUCGCUCUGGACGAGCGUAACGUAGAUCUUGCCUCGUCACCACACAUGCCAUAUUCUUCCAACGUUGUGAUCCCAGAUAAGCUUUCGCCGGCAGCCCGCGACCGCAUCUUCCAAUUGGUGUCGAAGACAGCACAGAGCCAUAUCACCAUUCCGUCGUUCCCUUCGGCAGAGUGCGUCGACAAGCUGAUCAAGGUUGGAAUUGCAAAAAGAACUGAGACUGAUGCAUGGAUCCAUCCAUAUACCUUCGAAAGCGAGACUUCCCGGCCAGAAUAUCUCACCGCCUUGGUGGCAGCUGGGUGCGUAUGUUUUGGCGUACUCUCGGUGAGCAGAACAGGCUUGGCGCUACAAGAGAUAGUCCGAGUCGCGUUAAACAGGUUGUCCGAGAAUGAUAACAGUGUGAUACGCGACCUUGAAUACCUCCAAGCUUCGAUGCUUUGGCUUGAUAUCGGGGCGUUCUGUGGGUACAGGAGGAAGAUGGAAAUCGCGGAGAGUAGCUUGCAAUCUCUUGUCACGGCACUGCGGCGCGCUGGCAGAUUCGACCACAUCCGGUAUCCUGCAGUUACACCAUCUGCAGAGGAUGGCGACGAGGAACUACAUGCAAAGUGGAAGCAGUGGGUGGAGCAAGAAUCUUACAAGAGGUUGGUAUAUCAUUUGUUCGAGCACGAUAUCCACAUGACUAUGGCGAAGCAUCGCCCGCCACUGAUCAGCUACGCUGAACUUACGCUUAUGUUGCCUGCAUCAAAGACGCUGUGGUUGGCACCUUCAGCAGAGACAUGGCGAAUGCGCUAUCUUGACAUGGACGUCGUCGCCAGCGCUCCCUCACUGCAAACACUUCUGAAAGACGAAGCUGACAUACACUGUCUUCCUGCCACCAUCGACAUGCAGGUCGCUCACUCAUCCUAUCUACACGGUAUUGCUGCUCAGAUUUGGGAGUAUGGACAGCAAUCUGCGCUGAUGAACGAGAGCAGCGACGCCGCUUCACAGCUCUGGGCUCGAUCUCGUCAGGAAAAACUAUACCACUAUCUACAACGCGAAGACCUUUUACCUAGCAAACAUCCAGCCGUAACCUGCCUAUUCCACCAAUUCUUGCAGAUGUACCUCCACGUGAACCUCGAUCUAAUCACGCGCUUCGCCGGCAAAUGCGGCGAGAGCGCUGCCAACAGCGCGUACACUCACCUCUCACCCUGGAGCCAAACCAAAGAAGCCAGAGUCGCAAUCUGGCAUGCUGGACAAGUGGUAAGAGCUGCGCGACAAAUCCCACCUUACCAGAUCCGCGGCCCAGAUUCCUUCAUGUUAUACCAUGCCAUCAUGGUCCUCUGGACAUACAGCAUGAUGAUGCGCGACCUGGCUAAGAAGACCGGUACGACGACGCCGAUGCGCACACGGCCAAGUUCGCUUCCGAGCAAGGUUAUCUACCUCGAUGAUGCCGCCUCUGAUAACCAGGCUAGUGUUGUUAAUUCCUUCAUUGCUACGAAUAGCGGUAUACCGUGCCUUCGCAUCAUCUCUACGCACCAGCCAGUGCCAUCGGAGUCUGGGGCGAUCACUCGGCCCGAAAUCUGUAACCUCAAGUUUCCUUCGCAGGUUAUGAAGGUGGGUGUCAUGCUUCUUGAAUCCACACACCCGGAUGUGGAUCGCGAGACUGGACCACCUCUUGUGCGGGCUCUUUGCGGACUGAUGGAAGAACUGGGAGGUCUUCGAUGA